CCAGCACACCUUUGAUAUAGCAGAUUCAAAGUGAACCAUGGCGGAUCGCAUGAGUGAUAAUUUGCUAUGGCUUUGUCUAGGCGUCUCGCUGUUCUUUGCCGUUCACGGGAUCGUCAAGGACCUCCGCCAAGUACGCGAGUUGACGGAGAUCAAACAUGUCAAAAGAGAAGAGAGGAUGAUUACUGAGGGCACAGAAGAAGCACUCAACCUAGACACAUUACAGAAACUCUCGGAGAGUACUAGCCAUGAUCUCAGAGCAGCCGCAUUGCGCAUUAUUGCCGAACGAUCGACCAAAGGCGAAACUCGGGAUAUGCUUCUGCAAGACUUGGUGAGCAGGGACAAAUCGCGACGAGAUAAGGCGCUCAAUGCAUUGUACUUCCUUGUAUCAAACCGUGCUCUCUCUCGCACCUCUAUCUGCUCCCGACUGAGAGACCUUCCAGCCUAUACCGCACUAAUCAACUGUCUUUGCAACUUCCUUGAUGAGCAUACGGAGGAAACGUCAUCAACCGUGUCACCGAUUCUUCCAAAAACCAGGCCAUUGGGCGAGAAGAAAGCGCUGAAAAUUCUCAAUAUUGUUCUGCAAGAAAAUGUGCCUGCUGCGCUAGAGGCCGGUAUUGUCAGUCGCUGGCUGACCAGAUACCCGUUUCCGUGCGCCACUGGAGCACAUUCACGGCGUCAGGAUGUUGUGAUUUUGAUGAAAACAUGGUGGUCUGACGAUGCGGUGAUGAGUGCGAUAUUCGGUACCUUGUCCUCACACAUGGAUGGUGCAAAACAAUUACGCAAAUUUGGGCUUAUGGGCAGUAUGCUGGAGGAAAAUGACCAGGAUGAAUAUGACAGCGACGUAUGGAUGGUCGAUGGGGAAGACACUGCUGGGUCCUGGCGAGUGUCAGGUCCGCGGAUACAGCAAAGAACCGUCGAGGAACAAGCCAUUAGACGACGUAGGCGGGAGGCGAUGGUACUGAGUGAAGGAGGCCGUGCUCUGGGCAGUGAAGACAUUAUACAAAUACCCGUGACGCAAUGAUACUCUGAAGCACAAGGUGUUGGGAGUGGUAAGGACUAUGCUGCAUUCUUAGGAUUAUACUAAUGAUACCCC